AUGGUAAAAAUUCUAGUGACGGGCGAUGUCCUAGGAAAACUGGACACGCUGUACAACCGAAUUCGAAAAUUACAAGCGAAAGGCCAGACUUUCUCGGAACUUUACUGCGUUGGCUCGUUUUUCCCGACUGAUGGAUCGGAAUGCCCGGAAUGGGAUGAAUACAAAACUGGAGAAAAAAGAAUUCCGAUUUCGACGUAUAUUCUUGGACCGGCGAAUGUGGCUGAGUCCAAGUUCUAUGCCGGGCUGGAUAAUGGGGGAGAGCUUUGUGCCAAUAUUAUGUGCUUAGGUCGCUGCGGAACGUUUACAACAGCUGAUGGACUGCGAGUCGGAUACCUCGGCGGCUCGGCGGAAGGAAAAGAAGGUUCUUCUGAAUACCCAGUUCAGGCGAACGCGUGGAAGAAGCUAAAAGAUCAGGUUCAAGGAAACACUUUGGACGUCUUUCUUUCUUCCUGCUGGCCACUCGGCAUCACCAACAAUGGCAACAGCCCUGAUGACCCGCGACUGCUCCAAGUCGGCAACUUAGAAAUCGCCAGAGCGACCAGAGAACUGAAGCCUCGCUACCACUUCGCCGGAUUCGAACAGAAACACUACGAACGAAGACCUUACCAGAACAAGAGCGCGAAACUGCUGCAAAUAACCAGAUUUAUUGCCUUGGCGAAUGUUGGAAAUCCGAAUAAAGAAAAGUAUCUCUACGCGUUUAAUAUUACUCCCGGAGAGUUGACAGCGAAGAAGCCAGAGGAUUGUACGGAAACGCCGUUUCCUGAUGAAGCUGCUGCUAGAGCAAAAGCAAACGCUGGAAACUACAGAUGGUCACUACCAGACGGACCAGAACUGAAAGACGACCCAGAUGAUCCAGACGCGAUAGAAAGGAGAAAGCGGCAGCAGGCAAUGACUGGCGAAGCGGGUGGAAAGCGACAGAGAAGGGAUUUCGGUGAUUGCUGGUUUUGCUUGGGAGGAGAACAUGUUCGAAAACACAUGGUCGUGUCUGUCGGAGAACACUGCUACGUAGCUUUAGCACGAGGCGGCGUAAACAGCCAGCAUGUUUUGAUUCUUCCGAUUCAACACUACCAGAGCUCGCUGACUCUACCGAGCGACGUUUCGGCGGAAGUAGAAGAGUACAAAAAAGCGCUGAGAGAAAUGUUCAAGUCGAGAGGAUUGAGCUCGUUUAUUUACGAAAGAAAUUACAAAACAGAUCAUAUGCAGAUUCAAGUUUUGCCCAUUCACAAGAAAUAUAAGCAACAUAUCCCAACGGCUCUGACAAAAGUCGGCCACGGAAGAACGGACAAAAACGGCUACCCGAUCGAAAUCGACUUUGUAGAACUACCCAUGCUUGUGGACAUGCGAUCAGCUGUUCCUGGCCCUAGAACGCCCUUCUUUCUCUGCGAAAUGGACGACGGAACAAGAUUGCUUCAUCGAGUCAGAGGAGGAUUCCCGCUCAAUUUUGGGAGAGAAGCAGUUUGCGAACUUAUAAACAAGCCUGAAAAAGGCGACUGGAAAAACUGCGUCGUCUCAGACGACCAAGAAGAACAUUACGCUGGCAAGUUCCGCGAAAUCUUCGCGAAAUUCGACCCCUUCCUCGAACAAGACAGCAGCGACGAAGAAUCAGAAGAAGCGAUCCAAAGUUCAGAAAACCCAAAAGAAAUUGAAGCAAAUUAG